CAAAAGAGGAUUGUCAAACAAACCUAUAGUGAAAAUCAGUUCUGUAAUAACACACACAAGAUGAAAAAAGAAGUAAAGAAAAAAUCGAAAGCAGAUAUCAAAAAACAACUCGUAGAAAAGGGGGAAUCCAUACGCAAGUCACUAGACAAUAUCGUUAAACAAGAUGUAAAGGCAAACACUGUUACAAGUACUAGAAUACUUCGCCCCCAAAAGAAUAGUGCUGUAAAAGAUGAGCCACAAGAUGAUGAUGACAGUGAUAGUGACGAUGAUGUUAACUUGGACCCCUAUCGCCUCAAAGAUGCCUAUUAUAUCAAGCAGAACAGCAAGUAUACUAAUAAGAAAAAGUGUAUGGUAUUAGCCAGCAGGGGCAUAACAAGUCUUGGGCGACAACUAAUGAAGGAAAUCAGACUGUUGUUGCCACAUCACAAAGAAGAAUCUAAACUGGAGAAGAGAGAUUCUCGCAAAGCACUCAACACAUUGGCAGAAUUGUCUAGAUGUAACAGCGUCAUAUUCAUAGAAAACCGAAAGUGCGAGGUUAUAAUGUGGAUAGCGUUGACACCAUACGGACCAUCGUUCAAGGCACGCAUAACCAAUGUCCAUACCCUCAAAGACUCAACGUACUUUGGUAAUGCACUACUCUAUUCAAGGCCGCUAUUGACAUUUGAUGCCGGAUUCGACACCGCACCUCACUUACAAUUAAUCAAGAGCCUGAUAUCACAAGUGUUUGGCACCCCGAAUAAUCAUCCAAAAAGCAAACCUUUCCAUGACCACUGCCUGUCCUUUUUCUACUUCGAUGGCAGAAUAUUUUUCAGGCACUUUCAAAUCAGUCCAAUCAACGAAUACGGCAUCAAUAAACCAGAGCAACAAAGUCUAACGGAAAUAGGCCCGCAAUUCGUGUUACAACCGAUCUUGAUAUUAGCAGGAAGCUUCAAUGGUGCUGUUUUAUGGGAGAAUCCCGAUUAUAUAUCACCUUUAAUGAUGCGAAGAGCAAAACGAGAGGCAGAAGCAGUGAAAAGACAAAGGAAAGAUGUUAACAAACUGACUAAAAAGGAUGAUUAUGAAUUGCCAGAAGAUGAACUGUCCAAUCAUAAAAUUUUCCGUGCGCCGACGUGAGACGCGAGGGCAAUCGUGCAUGGGGACUGAACCGCUGGUGAACCUUUACCGAAACUGGUCGCAUGUGUAU